AUUUUGUUGCCGUCGCGAGACGACGAUGUCCUGAAAACAAUCGCCGUUUUCUUUGGAUACAGAAAGAGUCUAGAACUGCCGGUACGUCGCAUGGCCGUCCGUAGCUGACCGUGCAUACCGCUGGAAACUUCGAACGAUGACUCGAAAUGGGGCUUGGCUAGCAGACGUGUCUCGAAGAUUCGGUACAGAAUCGCCCUGCGACUCGCCCAAGAUGGUUGUGAAGAGACCCGGCGUCGGCGAUGCGCCGCAACCGAGGCAACGUCGGCACCACUUCCUCGAAAACGUGCAAACCAAGACGUUCACGCCCUUGGAAUACCAGGUGGAACUGCUGGACACCGCAAAGCAGCAGAAUUCCAUCGUGUUCCUGUCGUCGGGCAAGACCUUCAUGGUGGUAAUGCUGGUCAAGGAACUAGCCUACCAGGUUCGGCCAAGCUUUGCUGCCGGUGGCAAGCGAGUGCUAAUUCUGGUUCCGUCAGCCGAGUCCGGUGUGCGGCACCAGAAGAUGAUGGAGGACUACACCGACCUCAAGUCCAUCUUUGUCGGCGAUCCCACCGGCAAGACCGACGAGCGCGUCGACUUCCCGAAACUGUUCCGCGACCACCACGUCCUCGUGAUGACGGCCGGCGCCUUCACCUGCCAUUUGGUCAACGCGGAUGCAGACAUCGCCGAAGAGCUCGUCGACCACUUGAACCUUGUUGUCUUCGACGAGUGCAACCAAGCGCUGCGCCACAUUGAGUUUGAGCCCGUGCUGAGCUUUGUCAUGGACUACGUCCUCGAGGGCCGGCUAAGCGUGCUGGGGCUUGCAGCGCCACUCGCGACGAAGAAGAGACAACGACCCUCUUUGCUCGAGGCCGAGAUCCUCGAACUCGAGGACGGCUUCCAGAGCGUCGCGUGCACUUCUAGCGAGCUGACGGUCGUCAGCAAGUACGGCAGCCGGCCCAGGGAAGUGGUCGUCGAGUACGCUGUGUACGGCUGCAGCAGCAGUGACGGGGAGUCUGCGAAGAACCUGGAGACGGCGCUAAGGCUGCUGGACGAAGCGAUGGAGUUCCUGGGCGGCACGGAGGGUCAGCUGGACGAGCGGACCAAGGCUUCGCUGCGCCAGUCACAGCGUUACCUCGUCGAGCUGUGCUACAUGCUCGUCACCCUGGGGCCGUGGUGUGCCCGAGAGGUGGCUGACCUGUUUCUCAAGGAGGUGUCCCAAGCGGUGGACAGCCUGGGUCCCGCCGUGAGCUGGUCACGCAUGGCGCUCCUGGUUGUCCACACGGUGAUCCAGCAAGUUGCUCGGCUCACCGAGGCCUUGGCUACGGAUCUCGAGCCGAGUGAUGCUGUCCACCAGCCGGCCAAGUUCAGGCACCUGCUGCGGAUACUGCGAGAGUACAGGCCGCAGCAACAGCCGCAGCAACAGCCACAGCAGCAGCCACAGCAGCAGCAAGGUACCAUUACCAACUCGCAUGUUGGACAGGACAACUGUGUAGCUUUACAAAAUUCCAUCAAGGAAUGUGAGUCAUCGACAGAGGAAACAGGCAAACCGACCAUGGUGGAUUCUUCCGUCCAGCCCGCGACAGCUCCGACUUCAGCCAGUGAUGCGGAAAGUGUUGUGCAAAAUUCAGAAGGCUCCGUCACCGCAUUGUCCGACGACAUCGAAAGACUGUCCAUUUCAUCGCCAGACAAGAAAGCUCCCGUAACUGGCGACGCCACGCCAUCCGCUGCAACAGACGUAAUAGUCACCGCGUUGUCGUCUGCUCCCGAAGUUGGUGCGUCUGGUAGCGUGUCAGUGACAGGUCCGUUGACACCCGCAGUGUCAACCAGUGUUGGUGUGCCACUUCGAACCAUGGGCCACCGUGCCGACCUAGUCGACGACCCAAACGCGUUGUGCGGCAUUGUGUUUGUGCGACAGAGGAUCACCGCCUACAUCCUGAGCAUGUGGCUCUCGAAGCUGGCGACGCGGUGCCCGAGCGAGUACGGUUUCAUCACCCCCAACUUUCUGGUGGGAAGGACUGCUCCGUCGGCGCUCGGAGAGGCAAGCUCAAAUCGUAGCGACGGUAGUCUGCGGAGUUUGCCAAACACGCUGACUCCCCUGGGCAUUCAGCGACAGGAGGAAGUGCUUCAGAAGUUCCGGUCACGAGAGUGCAAUUUGUUGGUGGCCACAAGUGUAGUGGAAGAAGGGAUCGAGGUCCCCCGUUGCAACCUGGUGGUGCGCUUUGAUCCGCCCGAGAACUUCCGGGCCUACGUGCAGUCCAAGGGCAAGGCCAAGGCCGCCGGGUCGCGCUACUUCGUCCUGGUGCCCGACGACGAGAGCGGCCGCUUUCUGGGUGACCUGCAUGACUACCGGACCACCGAGCAGAUUCUUUUGGAACGCAGCCACGUGGAGGACACCACGAUAGAUGAAGAAGUCGACGCAGCCUACGCGGACAGCCUGAAGCCAGCUUACAAGCCGCUGGAGGCUGAAGAUGCCCCGAGGGUCACCAUGUCCACUGCCAUUGCCUUGGUCAACAGAUACUGCGCCAAGCUGCCUAGCGAUACGUUCACGAGGUUAACGCCUAUCAGCAGCAUGGCGGAGGUCGAGACGGAAGGCUCGGAGGAGACCCUCUACAGCUGUUCGCUGCGGCUGCCCAUCAAUUCUCCCCUCAGGCGGUGCAUCGUGGGUGACCCAAUGCCAAGCAAGCUUUUGGCAAAGCAGGCGGCAGCACUGAAGACGUGUGAAGAGCUGCACAGAAUGGGCGAACUCGACGACAACCUGGUUCCACAGGGGAAGGAAGCCAUGCGGAUGGCACUUGACCAAGGGUCGGCGGGUCGCUUUCCCGAGGAGGACAUUCAGCCUGGUGGACCACGGCCCGGUACCACGAAACGGCGGCAGUACUACGACAAGAAGGUGUCCGAGGUGCUCAAGGGCCAGAGGGUGGACGAGAACGACGAGUUCCACCUGUACGCUUUUGGCAUGAAGCUGACCUGUCCCAUUCCGGAAGAGCAGAACACACGUGGCCGCAAAAUCCAUGACCCGGCCGACACUGCCCGAGGCUUCGGACUGGUCACCUCCAGGCGGAUCCCACUGAUCUGCAGCUUCCCGGUGUUCACGCGGUCGGGCGAGGUGACGGUGGAGCUGGAACACAUAAGCUCGGACAUUGGCCCACUGUCUCCGAAGCAGGUCCGUGACCUCACGACCUUCCACCGAUACACGUUUACCAACGUGCUGCGGCUCGAGAAGUAUCCGAUGACCUUCAACCCUGAGGGCGACGCAUGCUCCUUUCUGGUGGUGCCCAUCAAUGCCGUAAAGACGACCGACGACCAGCCAGGCUCCACAACCAUCGACUGGCAGUUCGUCGAGCGCAUUUGCGAGGAAGAGAAGUUCAUGCCGCGUCGAGCCGAGGAAGAGCGCGAGCUUUUUGUGUUCAAGGAAGAAGACUACCUCGACACUGUGGUGACGCCUUGGUACCGCAACCUGGACAAGCCCCAGUUCUUCUAUGUGGCCGAGAUCUGCCACGACCUGAACCCGCUCAGCGACUUUCCAGAUGCAGGCUUCGAUACGUUUGAUGCAUACUACAGGGAGAAGUACCAGAUCCGAGUGGUGGACGGUCGGCAGCCGCUACUAGACGUGGACCACACGUCGGCACGGCUCAACCUGCUGACACCUCGUUACGUGAACCGCAAGGGUGUGACGCUACCCACUUCGUCGGAGCAGACCAAGCGGGCCAAACGUGAGAGCCUGCAGCAAAAGCAGAUCCUGGUGCCCGAACUCUGCGCCAUCCACCCGUUCCCGGCGUCACUGUGGCGCAAGGCUGUCUGCCUGCCCUGCAUCCUCUACAGGAUGAACUCGCUGCUGUUGGCCGAGCAGCUGCGGCUCACGGUGGCUCGUGAGGUGCAAGUGGGUCGGCUGGAGCUCCCCAAGGACUUCAAGUGGCCCACGCUGGACUUUGGCUGGACCCUGGCCGAUGUGCUACAAAAGGCCCAGGAGGCCGCCAAGGCCGAAGAAGAGCGUGCUACUGAGCUGAUGGAGCGCACGGGCAUCCAGCCGGUCCGCAUCUCGCCACCGCCGGCGAUGAACGCCUGGCGCGCACCCGCGCCCUACCAGCCGCCAAUGUUCCAGCAGGACCAGGAGCUCGUCAUCGACACAUUCGAUCCAAGCAAAGUUCACAUUCCGGACGAUGACCAACUCGACCAGCUAGCUGACGCCGAGGUCAGCGCGCUGAACCUUGGCGGACCCACAGGUCCCAACUUCGACUGGAAACCGCUUCCCAAACUACCAGGGGAGCCCACACCAGUUCCUCGAAUCCGCUACGGAUCUCCGAGUAACUUCGAAGCCGAGGGCUGGGAUUCGGAGUGGGACACGGACAUGGAGGACAGCUCGUUCGUCACCUUGGACAUGCCGGGGCUGGGCUACAUCUCCGCACCCGGGGUGUUCAACAUGCAGGGCUUGUCGCUAGACCUGGCCUCGUGCCGCGACGACGACAUCUGGGACAGCUUUGACGAGGACGAGGAAGAUCCUGAGCUCGACUUUUCGCGGUCUGAGUGGAACCAGUCUCCGUCAGAGGCCGGCGGCAACGAAGAUGAAGGACACUUGCUCAAAAUCAGCGACAAGUCGGAGAACAAAGACGAUGAGAAGAGACCCGAGGAAAAAUUGGACUGGUUAUCGCACUGCAGCAAGGACCAGCGCAGCAAGUCCGCAAACGCUUUCGUGGACGAGCCAGAAGAAGAACAACGAGAAGUUGAUCCAUUUGUCGAAGAGAAGGUCGCGGCGCUCAGGGAGGAGUGCGUCAAGAAACUGGAAGUUUGGAGAUGCAAUGAAGACGAAGCGAAACUCGCGGCUCGGAAAACAAUCUACAAGUCCUUCCGCAGAGUCGCAGAGGCGCUAAAGCUCAUUGCAGAGUACGAAGACGACCGGCCCCUGAAGAAGGACGAGCCUCUGGCACCAGCAGUCCGUGAUAGCGGAGCUACCACCACUGGAGGGGAGGCCCCAAAGGCACCGGAAGGGAGCGUGCUACCAUUUGGCGAGCUCUUGCCAGACAGGGACUCCGUCAAGCCCGGAGGCGGAGACGCGUCGCAGGUUCGCUUCGACGAGCGGCCCGAUCUCGACAGUCACUGCGGCCCGAGCCCCAGCAUCCUGCUCCAAGCACUGACGAUGUCCAACGCCAACGAUGGCAUAAAUUUGGAACGUCUUGAAACGGUGGGCGACUCUUUUCUCAAGUACGCCGUGACGGCCCACCUCUAUUGCACGUAUCCCAGCGUGCACGAGGGCAAGCUGUCUCACCUACGGAGCCGCCAGAUCAGCAAUCUCAACCUCUACCGGCUCGGCCGGGCUCGCAAUCUUGGCGGUCUGAUGGUAGCCACCAAGUUUGAGCCCAGCGACAACUGGCUUCCUCCCGGCUACAUCGUGCCUCCUGGACUCGAAAGGGCUCUCAUUGAAUCGGGUCUUCCGGCGGGCCACUGGAACAUUGCGGCCCUCACUGGACUCACCCAGAUGGACGAAGCGCAGAUCCGGCAGACCCUCGCUGAGCGAUCCAACAAGGUCCGAAACCUCGACGAGGUCCUAGCUGACGAGCAGACCCUCGACACCGCGCCCUAUGUGCCGUACAACCUCCUGACGCAGCACAGCAUCCCCGACAAGAGCAUUGCGGACUGCGUUGAAGCACUGAUUGGUGCCUACCUAGUGUCGUGCGGUCCUCAUGCGACCCUCCUCUUCAUGUCUUGGUUGGGACUUGAUGUGCUUCCCAAAAACUGCACCGCGGAGACGCUGCCGAACUUUGGCGUCAUGCUGUAUGGUACGCUAGAGCCACCGCUUGUUGUGCCCGACGCGGGGCCGCAGCUGGAUGAGCUUCUCUCCGGCUACGAUGCGUUUGAGGCGCGCAUCGGUUAUCGGUUUCGGGACCGUGCCUAUCUCCUCCAGGCCUUCACUCACGCGUCGUAUCACUACAACCGACUCACGGACUGUUAUCAGCGACUUGAGUUCUUGGGUGAUGCGGUGUUGGACUACUUGAUAACGCGGCACCUCUAUGAUGACCCCCAGCGCCACUCGCCAGGCACGUUGACUGACCUGCGGUCAGCACUCGUGAACAACACUUUCUUUGCCUCGCUGGCAGUGAAGUACGACUUUCAUCGCUACUUCAAGAAUGUCUCACCAGGCCUGUUUGCAGUCAUCCAGAGGUUUGUUGAGAUGAAGAGACUGAACAAUGGGCUUGGAUACCAUGAGGAGUACUACUUGGAGGAAGAAGAGUGCGAGGAGGCAGAGGAGGUGGAAGUGCCCAAGGCCCUCGGCGACAUCUUUGAAUCGGUGGCCGGUGCCAUCUUCCUCGACUCCAACAUGUCCCUGGACACGGUUUGGCAGGUGUACUAUGCCAUGAUGAAGCCCGAAAUAGAGUAUUUCAGCACACAUGUGCCAAAGUCCCCAAUCAGGGAACUUUUGGAGCUUGAACCUCAGACUGCUAAGUUCGAGCGUGCUGAGAUGACCCUCAAUGGCAAGGUGCGGAUCCGAGUGGAGGUCUUCGGCAAGGGCCGCUUCGUCGGCGUCGGCCGCAACAAGCGCAUCGCCAAGUGCACGGCUGCCAAGAGGGCGCUGCGGGCACUCAAGCGCAUGCGGCAAGAAGGCGGCAGCACCAAUGUGCACGGCACCUUCUAGGUCAUCGUCUGCCGGCGCACUCUCAGUCCGACUCCUGCUUGCACCUGGCCUCAUUUUCAACCCUGUGUCCUAUCUAAUUCCGAUGCGACCGUUUCUUCUUUUUUGUCCUGGAUCAGAGCUUGCAUCGUUGCCUUCCGCUAAGAUUUUUCGCAAAUGCUCUGCACUCCAUGUAGCCAAAACUUUGGUGCUGAGAAAACCAGACGGCAUCUGUCUGCUUGCAUUUUUCGGAGAGUUCGGAGUGUGCAGCCAUGACUUCUCAGCAUGGCUAGUCGUUCAUACAGCACAAUGUACUGUGCUGUGGACAUAGGAUGCUGGGCAUUGCUUGCAGGCGAGGUGUUGUGACUCGGAAAUGUUGAAACUCUCCAUACGGUAUAUGUAAACGCGUUGUUUACUCCCUGUCAAGGUAAUUGUCAGGGAAGCCGGUAGGAGCCAUUCUCUCUUCUGGGUCGUACAGAUGCAUUUGCAAAUCACCUGCCAAAAGCGAGAAACCCCGAACCUGAAUAUGCCUUGCCGCAGGGUGCUAACGGGACGGAACUGAAACAAUGCUUUUCUCUGUGAUUCUUUAGAAUGAAGACUCUUGGAUGUGAAGGCAAACCCAUGAUGUUCUUAGCUUGCUAGAACUUUGUGUCUCCUGUGAGUUCUGCCAUGCUUUUGAGACAUUUCACUUUUUAAUUUUUCUCAGCAUGUUUUACCAUUGCCAAAUGUACACUUACUACAAAAGCACACUAAUGCAGCAAGAAAUAUGUGUGGCGCUAAAUGUGUUCGUUGUAUUUUGCAACAUGACCGUGUCAAGGCUGGUUUCGUUAACAUGUUGUGAUGUGUGGCGUGCUGUUCUGCGUACAGUCGGAAUAGCUGGUCAUUGGAGUAACGUUGCUCCUUCUGUGAACAACGUUACAGCCACCAGAAGUAAAGGGCGUGAAUUUUCGCUUGCACUCUGUAGAUCAACCUAGUAGUACACUUUGAAGCUUUCUUUUGGCUGUUUGCACAGUGCAGGUUGAUGGUUGCGCAAUCAGUUCACUCACGAUGAAUUCCAUUGGUCGAUUCUGAGGCGCUACCAAAAUCCUCAAGCGAAUGCUUGGAUCGCACUGGAAUUUCACAAAUCCAGAGGUCUUAGGUGGGAACUGUACUGCUUUACCCCGGGCGACCGAGGAAGCACUACGAUGUGCCCUGGAUGCAGCCAUACCCUAAUGUAGAGCAGGAGAGAGAUCCACCACGAAGCGCUUCAGUUGCACCCAUACCUCAACUGUGGAGCAGGAGAAACAUCUGCUGUGUAGUGCUCCUGUUGCACCCAUACCUCACCGAUGAAUAAAAACAAACGCUAAAAAAAUAUAAAUACACUUCGAAUCAGCCAAUGGAAGAGGAAGCGGAGCCUACCUAUGAGGCAAAAAAAGGAAGUCUGCUCCAUUUCGACCAGUGGAAUUCACUUUUAGUCUUCUUUGUCUAGUCGCUGCGCAAGUCAGAUGGCACUGUUUCUUUUUUUUUCGUGUUUGCAAGACAGGUUGCCACUAUUAGACAGUUUUAGUAUUGUGGAAAUGGCACCACGUUAAGCGCAAAAAAAUAGUGGGGUCAGACUGCGCAUGCUCAGAACGCUAUUUCAGUUUUGCACGUAGCGUGCGUCCGCUAUUUUUCGAAUAUAGCGGAGACGCUAAACGCUCGCUAAGUUUUUAGCGUUGCAAACAUGGCGGCACCCUCGGCCCGAGCGCUUGACCAUGCAGGCUCUUUUCAAGGCUUGUCGUGGAUCCACACGGCUAGUUUGGUUGUCGAGCUGCUCAGUUUGCUGCUUUGACUACUCGCAGCUAGAUGGCGCGGCGAAGUGUGGCGCUUAGCGGCGCAUCGUUGUCUUACGCUAUGCUACAACUCUAUCGAACAGCGUUCCGCAAAGAUUUAGCGUGCGUGACACGCAAACGCAAACAUUUUCCACAAUACUAAAACUCUCUAAUAGUGAACUUCAUCCAUACUGUACCAACAUGAAAACUUUCUUGCUACUUAAUUAGUGUUUGUGAUCCAUAACUUUUCAACUAAUGCUGGGUGACAUAUCUCUGGUAACUAUGAUUGUUUGCUGCUUUCUCUUCUUUCUUUUUUUUUUUCGGCCUGCACAAACACACUGGGAAAGCGUUUCUUUUUAAGUUUGGUUUAUAGCUUGGUAGCCUCCCUUGAGUCACAUUGCAACAAUGAUCUUGUGAGUAUUUGUUAUGUAAAUGAGUGUAUUUUAGAGCAAGCUUUAUCCCAGGAGCUCCCAUCCUUAAUGAAUUAUGCUCGCCAUUCACUGGCUCGAUUUUGACGCAGUUUGUUGCAUUUAGAAGAGGAGGUUGAAAUCUACCACUUUUUGGGAGAUUGUUUUUGUUCAGCAUUUCAGUCUAGAAAAUUGCCAAAAAGAAUCAUGAAAUGCAAAAACGAAGGAAGCAUCAAGUUUAUAGCUGAAUAACUAAGCAACAGGAACUACACCAUCUACGACACUGAGAACUUGCAGACUUAUCAUUGGCAAGUCAUAAAUCUAGGAAAUUGAUGAUUAGUAAACUGGUCUGAAAUGUUUGUGAAUAGGACUUUUGCAAAAAAUAGCAAACUGGUACAACAAUUCCAUGUAAGCUGUCAACGAAUGUAUCAUAUUUGUUCACUUUGAACACUCUAAUAGAUAUCUGUUCUUGGUAUUGAGUUGUGAACAUGGUGCUUGGUGUUUCAGCAAUAUGAGAAAUUUGAGGCCCUAAAUCAUAAUUGUGCUUCCAAAAGUUAAUUUAAAUCUUAUUUAAAUUGUUUCUGCAUUUUCCCAGAGAUAGUAUUACUGUGUUUAAUGUGUAUUUUAAUAGUGUAAUUUGUGACCUAAGGUUGAAUGGUAACUCUCAAGGGUGCAGCACACAUUGAUGCGUGGGUCGAGAAUCAAGCAGUAGUUCUUCAACUAAAGGGUCCUCUUGGAUUGUGCCUGCUUUUUAUUUCUGACUCUUGCGUUAUAUUUACAAAUUUCUGUAAAAAAAGUCCAAGGAACUUGCAUGAUAUUGGGGUUGUUUUUGCAUUGUUUGUUUGUUUUUUAGCUGUGGUUGUAUUUGUACAUAGGUUUGCAUGAGCUACGGCCGUUAACUGCACAGGUUCUUUUGACCUGUGCCUGCAUUACACGGUGAAAAUGAGGUUCACAGAGCGCAUGAAAAAAAAGUGCAUAAAUGGAAUAAACGGAAACUCUUUCUAUACAUUUA